UAUCUGCAUGACAACGGCAUAACACAUAGGGAUUUGAAGCUAGAAAACAUAUUGCUGUCAGGGAGGUCGAACAGGAGUCUAAUCAAAAUAACAGACUUUGGUCUGUCAAAAUUGGUUGAUGGGAACACAGUGUUGCGGACAUUCUGCGGAACUCGUCCGUACAUGGCUCCAGAAGUGCUGCUAACUGCCGGCAUCGGCACCUACACGUCAGCGGUCGACAUAUGGUCGCUUGGCGUGAUUUUAUACGCGUGCCUGGUCGGCUAUCCUCCCUUUACCGAAGAGCGAAAAGAUUACGACUUACAAGAACAGAUACUUGGUGGACGUUAUGAUUUUCCGGAUGAAUAUUGGAGUGGAAUCAGCGCAUCAGCUAAGGAUCUAGUGCGAAGGCUGCUCUGUGUCAAUCCCACGGAGCGAAUUUCACUAAAUGCUGCUUUAGCGCACCCGUGGUUGUCAGACGCAACGAUUCGCAGCCAGUUAUCGGACCUCGUGGAGACGGCGGGUUAUCCCACCUUAGCGGCCCGUGUUCUGAACCACCACGACCACUUCUCGCCUGUAAGAAACAACAGCGACUCGGCCACAGUUAGUCUUGAUGGUGGUAGCCGUGAGGAGGACACAACCAAGGUCGAAUCAAAAGCUGUCACAUUAAACCUUCAGAGGAGGUCGGUCAACGAAGUUCUCACAGAUGGUUCUCCAGCCAAACGCACGAAAUGUGUCCUGAUGGAGCAUUGA